CACUCUUUGGCUUGAUAAAAUCGAAAAAAAUUGGUUGAAUAGUUUUUGAUUUUCAAAAGGUUUUUGUUAAUGUUCUUGUAUAUAAAUCUAGUACAUAACAUAGUAAAGCUUCAGUUCAUUAAUGAUUUAUUUUUGUUACAGGAACAUCGUGCCUGAAACAUAAUUUAAAGCAACCAUGUCCAAAAAAACCACGUCUUCCAAAAAGCGCCACUGUAACUUGAUUUACUACCAAAGACGGAAGUCCCUAAUCAUCAAAAUCGUUUUGUUCAUAGCUGUCUCCUGGCUUGGCAUUACCAUGCUCAUGAAUUUCUCAGACAAAGUUCGCGUAGAGAAAGCAGAAGAAGAAGUCGUAGAGGCUGUCAACUAUAUCGAACAAAACCAAGUUAUAGCAAAUCCAACUGUUGGUGUUGAAAAGCACGAAGGUAGGAAACCCAGACAGUCUAAAGAAGAAUAUUUGCAUAUACCUAUGAAUGUACCGCAUCACGCAGAAAUGGAACAGGCUGUCUUGCCUCUACCAGACCAUGAUCAGCCUGGAGAGUAUGGAAAGCCAGUAGUUUUAACUAAUUUAACAAAAGAAGAACAAGAUUUGAUAGCAACUGGUUGGGAACAUAAUGCUUUUAAUCAGUAUGUUAGUGACUUAAUUUCUUUACACCGGAAAUUGCCAGAUGUUAGACCAAGAGGGUGCCGCCAAGAAACAUACAGCCAGAAUCUACCAAAGACGAGCAUCAUCAUCUGCUUCCACAAUGAGGCAUGGAGUGUUCUAAUGAGGACCGUCCACAGUAUUCUUGAUCGAUCACCCCCUCAACUUGUCGAAGAGAUCAUUCUUGUCGACGAUUUCUCAGAAUUGCCUCAUUUAGGGAAAGCGUUGGAAGACUAUGCUGAAACGUUAGGAAAAGUGAAAAUAGUUAGAGCUAGGAAGAGAGAAGGAUUAAUUCGAGCUCGUCUUAUGGGUGCAGCUGUAGCCAAAGCACCAGUUCUGACCUAUCUGGACUCUCACUGUGAAUGUGCACCUGGUUGGUUAGAACCCUUACUUCAAAGAAUUCACAAUAAUGCGACGACUGUAGUUUGUCCGGUGAUUGACGUCAUUGAUGACGAUACGUUUCAGUACUAUUUCCGAGAAUCUGGAGAAGUUAACGUGGGAGGAUUUGAUUGGAACUUACAGUUCAAUUGGCACGUUAUGCCCGAAAGAGAAAUGCAAAGAAGAAAAAACCAUUGGGAGCCAGUGUGGUCUCCAACUAUGGCCGGAGGACUCUUUGCUAUCAAUAGAGAAUUCUUUGAAAGACUUGGAACAUAUGACAGUGGAUUCGAUAUAUGGGGCGGAGAAAACUUAGAGCUUUCCUUCAAAACUUGGAUGUGUGGAGGAAAAUUAGAAAUUGUUCCAUGUUCUCAUGUAGGUCAUGUUUUUAGAAAACGAAGUCCUUACAACUGGAAACCAGGUGUUAAUGUACUUCGAAAAAAUUCUGUUCGUCUAGCAGAAGUCUGGCUUGAUGAAUAUAAACAUUAUUAUUAUAAUAGAAUAGGGAAUGAUUUAGGAGAUUUUGGAGAUGUAACUUCUAGAGUUGAGUUAAGAAAAAGACUGAAUUGCAAACCAUUCGAAUGGUACAUGAAGAAUAUUUAUCCCGAACUUUUUGUUCCGGGAGACGCUGCUGGUGAAGGAGAGUACCAGGUUAUACAUCAGAUAAGAAACCUCGGUGACGGUGCUGAUACUUGCUUGGACAGUCCAGCGAAAAGAGAAGAUUUUGAAAAACCUAUUAUGAUGUGGCCAUGUCACCUACAAGGUGGAAAUCAGUAUUGGAUGCUUAGUGCAUCUGGUGAAAUAAGACGUGAUGAAGCUUGUAUGGAUUACGCUGGAAAAGACGUUAUUCUCUAUCCUUGUCAUGGCGCCAAAGGAAAUCAAAUGUGGUUUUACGAUCCUCAUAACCAUUCAUUGAUGCAUGGUGUAAGUCGUAAAUGUCUUGAAAUGACAAAAGACAAGCAAGGGGUUUCAAUGGAGACAUGCAAUGGAGGCCCCAGACAAAUGUGGGGAUUCCAGAACUUUGAUCCUUCCAAAGUAAAAAUAGAGUACGUAUAGUCAACCAAAGAACUGAUUUCAUCAUAUUGACUCUCACCGACAGCAAUCAAAAAAACUCAUCCUCAUCAUCAUUACACCUGAAAGAGCUGCAACUACUGUAUAGGAUAUGAAUUUUUUACUGCCAAACAAACAUCAAAACGCAUACUUAUUGUUCCUGAAAAAAGAUCACCCUUAAAGAAAGAAACACGUUCUUCAAUAGAUUUGCAACCUAAAAUAUAUUGCCUCCUUCUCGUGUGACGCAAGAAAUCCUGCCAAAGUCAAUUCUCAUAAUUUUUUUUUUUCUUUUUUUGGUUUUAGACGAAACAACCUCUUCUACCAGCGAUGCACAACUCUUAUGAUCUCUAUGAUUGAGUAGCUCUUAUUGCUCUAAAUUAUUUUAAUUGAUUCAAUUCAAGCAUUAAACUAUUCAUUAUAUAAUGAUUAUAAUUGCGUUAAAAUCCCCAUAUAUUUUUAAAAAAAUUUAGGUAUGCAGUAAUCAUGACGAAAUUUUCUACACACAGGAUUCAGCAUUUAAAAUCUUGGAGGACAGCUUUCUAACAUUAUUUCUUAUUAUAACCCUAUUUGCGUAUUUUUUUCUUCUAAAGGAUUUCUGGCGCCAACACGGACAAAAACUUCAAAUUUGGGCGAAAUCUCCUAAAAUUUGUCUGAAAUUUUAAAUAGCGUUCAUAAACUUAUUGUUUCAGCUGACGAAUCAAUGAAAAGCUGUAGAACAAAUAUUCCAGUUUGGUUUGCACUCUGUAUAUUUGUCAAUGAAGUGCCUUAAAUGAGUUCUGUUUCAGAUAAAUGUGUGUGAUUGACAUUCCAUUGUUUCAGUAAAAAUGAGGUUCAUGUUGGAUAUUAUUUAAAGCUGUGUCUCACAUGUAUCAUGAUGAAACAGAGCAUUUUUUAUAUUUAUACUCGUGCCUGUAACUGUGAUCUGGUUCCUUAUAUUUUGAUAUAACUCAAUAAACUGCUCUUAAGAGCACAAACCUCUCGUCCUUGAAACCAGUUAAAUUUGUCAUAAGGAUUCAUCAUUUCAAUUUUAAUAAAUAUUUGAUGAAAAGAAAAUGUUAUCUUCAAGCAUAUUAAAAAUAGUAGUAAAAAUUAUAUUCAUUAUUGUAAAUUUUUGCAUACAAAUUUAAAUCUGAUUGUCAGUUUAAAUUGUGUAAAAAUUUAGUGUGAUAGAUUCAACAAAAUUUAGUGUGCUUGUCCUAAUCGCCAGUUCGAUCAUCUUUAUAUUUGUAGGAAAUAUUGAAAAAAAGUCCUGAAAUUUAAGAAGAAUAAAAAGACAAAAUUAUAAAAAUUAUGUUUUAAAGAUUUUCUUAAGAAGCUAAAUAUUGUUCGUCAGUUUUUAAAUUUCGUAAAAAAUUUAUGAACAAUACGCUGCACAACUACAGUGUAAAAAUUUCAGAUCAAAUUAUCAUAAAAAGUUCAGGUACUUUUUACUGGAACAUGUUACAGAACAUAAAAUCUUAUCUCCCGUUAUUUUUACAGUAAUAAUUACAGUAGAAGUACUUAAUUACUCCAAUUAAAAAUAUUGCUGUGAAAAUUUCAGCAUGUUAUUUUACGGUAAAAAUGGAUUGUACGGAUUAUGCACCCAGAGUACCGUUCCUUUAUAACAUAAUUUGAUCCGGAAUUUUUUAGAGGGCAACAUAUAGCUGUAUAAAUAUGCAAAGACAAAUUUAAUCGUUUGAACGGCUAGCAAUUUAUGUCAUAUGAAAUCAUCCUUUAAUUAAACAAAAAAAUUUAUUUCAGUAAAUAUUAAAAUUUAAGUCAAAAUUAUAUUAUUUAUUGUGCAUUUGUGUUUAAUAGAUUCAACAAAAUUUAGUGUGCUUGUCCUAUCCUUUAGUGUGUAUCCUUAUUGUAAUUAUCAUCUUGGGGAAAACAUUAGAACAUUUACUUUAAACACCAACUCUACUAGCCAAUUGAUUUACUUUAGACAGAUUCAAAUAUAAUGACAUUAAAAAAAGUUUAUAUUGUAUUGAUUUGUUUAUUUUUUGUUUGCUUGUUAUGGCGCUUUUAUUAAAAUGUCGGUAAAUUUGUAUGAAAUUAUUUAUCGAGAUUAUUAUAUAAACAUUGUACGAUUCUAGUCAUUAUGCUAAUUUUCCUAUUUUUUUGUUGGUAUUAAAUAAGAAGCAUAAAGCAUAAGUAUUAUUUAUUCACUACUUCAUUGCAUUUGCUGCAUUUAUUUAAAAGGUAUUGCUUUAGUUACUUAUAACUCUCAAAGAAAAAUGCCAAUACAAUAUUUAUUAAUUUUUCAAUGAUUACAUUUGAAUGAAAUUAUUUAAUACAACUGUUUUUAUUUAUUUUAGAAGCACUACAUUAAAUACACCAUUUGCUUUAUUUAACUAAAUUUGUUAUUUUGGUCGUAAUGUAAAAUCAAGGCAUUUAAUCAUGUAUAUUAAGAUAUCCAAAUGCUUCUACUUACUAAAAUAGUUAAAUUCUAAUGUAAAAUAAAACAAUAUUUUUUGGUGUAAAAUAACAGAAUAACAUUAAUUUUUAACCUAUAGUUCAAAAUUGAAAUUCUGAAAUGAAAAAAAUGCUAAAACAAUCAAUGAUUAAUUUGCGGGAAUAACUAGUAUAUUGAUCGUACUAAUACUAGCGAUUCUCUUAGAUUAUAUGGAAUACCUCCUAACUCAUAAUUAACCAACUAUUUAAAUAAUUUUUAAGAAAAAAACUACAGUUCUUUGAGAUGGUGAACUUCGACAGUGGAGCUUGCUUCAAAAUGUCAACAAAUGCAUGAAAAUAUUACAGUAACUCCGCACAUUGCGUUUGAUAUCAUCUUCAAGCAUUGUAUUUCGGUAAAACAUAACAUAGGAUACGGGAAUCGGUUUAUUUUUCUAAUUUAUUUUUCUCAUCAUACCAACUAAAUGUUAUGAGCUUUGGAAUUAUUUUUGUAACUUAUUUAUUUUGUUUCCUAUUUUGAAAAAAUAAAAAAAAAACUAGUGAUUCUUAUUAUUGUUAUUAAAUCUUUAAUUAUCUUUGUUCAUGUUUUAAGUUUUCAAUUUUUAUAAAUUGAUUGUAUGUUCCAAAUUUGUUAUGGUUUUGAAGUUCAUGCAAUGAUUUUGAGUAAUCGCAUUUAGGGAAGAGGCAUUUGUCUGUUGUGUAACUUGAAUUGUGUCGGAUAAUAUUGCACUUUCUAUUGACCCCAUUUGAAUUCCAGUCACUUUAAAUGAUGUACUUCCAGUGCCUUACCACCGAUACUUAUGAAUUAGUCAAUUGUAUUUGCAAUAAAAUAAAAAGGACUAUUGCUA